UCUCUUGGCAAAAGCCUCUGGAACUAUAUAUCAACGUCAUCACCUUUCUACAGCUGUUACUGUCGUUUCUCAGCCAAUUAUUAUGUCAAGAACGAGGCCUCAUGCACCUGUACAUCCUCUUGCUGGAUUGAGACCGAGAUCACUACGGUCUGGUCCACUGACGAGCUCAACAUUUUUCGAUUAUGGCUUUCAUUAUUCCACCGUUAUCCUCAAAUGGAGGACGAUUUUUGGCUAGUGGUGGGGACGAUCUGGACGUGCAUCUUUGGGACUUUCAUCAAGAAGAUAUCAACAAACCCUGUCAUACGCUCGUUGGUCCUCGAAAUAAUAUCUUUUGCCUGGAAUUCUCUCGCUCGAACCAAUUUCUCUUCGCUGGAGGAACUGACACAAUCGUACACCAAUACGACGUUUCGCGAUUGGAGACUGGCCCGCUUUCCAAACUACCAAUGAAUAUGGUCCGAGAGCAUGAUACCAUACGCGAUGUAACGUGUAGCCCUUUUCGUGAUGAGGUCUUCUUGAGCGGGAGUGAAGAUGGACGAAUAAUACAACACGACGCGCGUCUCAGCUUCUCGCCCAACAUACGAAUUGCCGAUAUCAUUCAGCUUACUGCUGAGGUUACAUCCGUCCAAUUCCAUCCAACGGUGGAAAAUCUGUUUAUUACGAGCGACUCUAAUAGCAAUGUCUGCCUUCGUGACACCCGGAUGGCGUUUGGUCCCCGAAAAAGUAGGAGCAACGAAGGUAUAGUCAGGACCUUUCAUACGACCAUAGCAAGACGAAAUAUCGGGACCAUGAGUAGACCCGAGCCCAGUAGCGUUGCGUUUGAUCGAGAGGGCAAAAAGCUAGCUAUAACAUCACUACACUAUUACCCUACAAUUUACAGCUUGUCUGAUACAUAUCCUAUAGCUAUAUGUACUGGAAAUUCGGUCGCAAGAUCGCCUAGUCAACGGACGUACUCUAAUUCGUGUACGAUGAAGCACGGUUGUUUUGGAGGACCUGGCCCGAUGAUCUCCGACGACGACUACUAUCUUGGAGGAUCUGACGACUUUUGUGGCUAUUUGUGGAAAAUCCCCCCAGUAGAGCAAUUGAUGGCGCAGAGGGAGGAAAUACCAGCGCACGAAUGGCGGUUGGAUGGAAGUAAUAUAGUGGGAUUCACAGAGAAUGCCGACUCCUCGAAAUUCAUCCCAACAGAAUUACCCACACCGUCCGCUGUCCUAAAAGGUCACAAUUCCAUCGUAAACACUGGCCUCAUCCAUCCACAAUUUCCACUCAUUCUUACCGCGGGCAUCGAGAGUACAAUAACUUUGCACAGCCCAUUCCCUUCUUGCCCGUUCUCUCGGCGAUUGUCUCUCACCCCUCAGGAAGUUCGCCAGUUACCCAGUAGUACGACCCCUGAAGAAGCUCGAGUAAUUGACUCCCUGUUGUUGGGAGUGGAACCAGCGUUUGGAGAAAGUGCUGAUGAAGCGGAAAUGGACACGAUACGAUUAUUUGACAGAAUACUUCGAAUGGAGGGUGGGGCUGAUCCUUUUGAAGUUCUUCCUUGGGUUCAAACAUCUGAAGAUGUGGAUGACUCCAGCUCUGACGCUAGUAUGGUCUAAUACAAUGAAUUUAUGUAUAUUAGCAGUAGCAAUAUUCUGGAGAUAUGUAUGUAAAAUAGG